AUGUUGAGUCAAGUAAGAAUAUUGCUUUUCCUUGCAAUAGUGAUGCUGGUGUGGGUGUUAAAUAUUAGUUGUAGUACUACUCAAGGGGUGGAGUUAUGGAAUAGAUGGUUCCAUAAGCAUAAUAAUGAUGUUAAUACAGAUUCACCAAUUUCCGGAGUUAAAGCGAGCGACGAGUAUCCUUGGAAUGGGUUUAUGAACACGAUUUUCCCCAUUAAUGCUUUAUUAAGGUAUAAUUCAUCCACAGUGCCACCCAUAGUAACCACUGUGGAAAGGUUGGGCAGAUAUGCAUCCUUUAGUAAUAUUGUAUUGAAAAAUCCAGGGAUUAUGGGGGAAUACGUUAUGUUUACUCAUGAUUCGUGUUUUGUCAAUCCUUCAUUAUAUGAUGAAGGUGAAUAUGAAGAUAAGAUAAUUAUGGCCAUGAGAGGUGGGUGUACAUUUGUGAGUAAAGUGAAGGAAUUAAUGAAGUUGAAACCAAAAGCUAUAAUUAUCGGGAAUAAUGAACCUCAUCAGGGCCUUUUAACCAUGUUUUCCAAUACUUUUAAUCAAGAUGGUUCAAUUCGAAUCCCCAUGAUCUUUAUAACUAUGGAAGAUUAUAUGCUUUUCGAACAAGAACCCAAUAGAAGACUUGAGAUCACCACGUCUUCAUUUGGAAGUUUAACAAGCGUGAUUCUUUCAGCUACCAUUUCUCCUCCAUUGCUUGUGAUUUUAAUUUAUUUUUGUAUUAGAGGGGCACAAUAUUUUAAGAAAAUCAACACCAGUCGUCAUAAUUUUAAAAUGGUAAAGAAAUUACCCACUUAUAUCUAUGAAGGUGAUCAUUUGGUUAAUGAUAAAGAUUUUAAAAAGUAUCAGGAUAUAAUUGAACAUGAAAGAAAACUUGAGAAUUUACUGAAAGAUAGUCCGCUUCCACUUGAAGAAAAUCAUCAACCUUUAUCGUCCUCCAGAACGUCGAUAUCAAGUUUAAGUGAAUACAUACCUCCAAUCCCCCUCUCUUCCAUACGCAAAAUACAUUCGUUGAAUGUACUUUUUUGCACCAAAGACUAUUAUGCUACGUCCAAAUGUUCUAUUUGUCUUGAUAAGUUCAUUCCCCAUGAAUCACAACUUCUAGUACUUAAAUGUAAGCAUAUUUACCAUAAGAAUUGUUUAUCAAAUUGGUUAAUAAAUUUCCGACGCAGUUGUCCUCUUUGCAACAACACUAUCACUGCAUCACAAUUACGAUUACGUCCAACGACUGAAGAUGAUGGCUAUCUUUCAUCCACUUCAAAUCUGAUAGAUAUGGGGUCGGUGGCGCCUUUAUUAGAACGUCAAACCACUUCAGAUGGUUCCAGAUGGUAUGUACUUGAUGCUGAUGAUCAACGUGAGCUGGGAGAAUUUAUUGCUGAUGAUGAUAAUUCAGGGAUCUUUUAUACUGAGAUGCUCAAUAUACCUUCUAGAGAUUCAUCAUUGACUGAUCCAUCUACAUCAACAACAACUACAACUACAUCUACAUCAACAAUACCAAACUACAACCAAGACAUGGCUCACUCAGCAACUUCCACAUAUUACUCGACUCAUUCUAAUAGAGGUCCCGUCACAGUUGCAGGUUCAACGUACGAGAAUGAGAGUGUCUUUCUCACACCAAUCUCAAGCCACAGACCCUUCUCACCACCUACUAAGGGAAGCAUAGAAGGUUCGAGAAUGGCCCAUGUGUUGGAGGAAGAUGAAGGAGGAGCAAGUCAAGAAGAAGAAGAAGAAGAAGAAGAAUUUAAGCCCAGUUUAUAG